AUGGGACGUCUGGAGUUACUACUAGUCUUAGUAUGGAUAAAAAAUUGCUAUACCAUAGACGACGAUGUGAAUAGAUAUGAUGUGACUCAGAGAGAUGCUGUGUUAGCCUCGUGUGACUUCAACAAAAACGAAGACCCCUUCUGCAACUUCCAACAAGACAUUUCAGAUCAGAGUGAUUGGACACGUCAUACAGGACCCUCCCCAACACCAGGCACUGGACCCAAUGGAGACUAUCCUGAUGGAUCUGGCUAUUACAUAUAUCAUGAGGCUGACAACGUUGCGAACGGACAGAAAGCACGUCUACUCAGCCAGACUAUUAGCAAUGGGCCUGCUGAAAUCUGUGUACAGUUUUACUACUAUAUGUAUGGCAGUGACAGCAGAAAUACACUGACUGUGUUGGCCAAACAUACCAGCUCUGAGGAAAAUCUGUGGCAGAAAAUGGGAAUCCAAAGCCCUUCAUGGCUUGGGGCCUCUGUCACAGUGCCCAUACCAGCCGGACAGACCAUUCAGAUUGUGUUUGAAGCAAUGCGAGGGGAUUCUUCAUCAUGUGACACUGCCCUGGAUAACAUUGUCAUCACUGAAGGAGCCUGCCCUGGGUGUUUAGCCAGGUGUGAUUUCGAUGACAGAGAAUUAUGUGGCUGGACAAAUAUAGUACCUGAUGAUGAGGAUAUUGAAGGCUGGGAGUUUUGGGUUGGGCAGACAGAUACACCAGGCACUGGCCCUGAAGACGACUUCUCCAAACCAGGAUUGGGGAGUUAUUUGUUAAUGGACUCCUUCUACAGUGUGGAAGGAGCAUCAGCUCAGCUCUGGAGCCCCUCUACUUCAGAUGCUUCCUCUGGUUGCCUACAGCUGGACUUCCAUUUCUACUUGUAUGGCACUGCCUCCGAAAUGGAGCUUCAGGUCCAUGCAGUCACUGCUGGUGGGGCACUUGGAACCCCUAUUUUCAGCCUCAAAGGAAAUCAAGGUCAGGGCUGGAAGCCAGCAAUGGUUCGCUACACUGGUACUGCUAAUGUGCAGUUUGUUAUAGUUGGUGUUUAUGGGGAAACAGAGAAAACAGAUAUUGCAAUUGAUAGUGUCUGCAUUACCGCUUGUAAAGAUGAAACUCCAACACCUAAACCUUCCACACCUCAACCCACAACACCAAAACCAACAACAGCGAGUCCAACGACACCUAAACCAUCAACACCCAAACCCACAACACCUAAACCAACAACAGUGAGUCCAUCAACACCUAAACCAACAACAGUGAGUCCAUCAACACCUAAACCAACAACAGUGAGUCCAUCAACACCUAAACCAUCCACACCACAACCAACCCCACCAGUGAUAUGCCCUCCAGAUUCUGAGUACAUUGAAUGUGGACCAGCCUGUAUUCCUAGCUGCAAAGAACCCUCCACCAACUGCAGUGGUUCUUGCAUCAGUGGCUGCUUCUGUAAACCAGGAUUUGUUUUCCGUGGAAAACGCUGUGUUCCUAUUGAGCAGUGUGGCUGCCUAGAUGAAGACAACAAUUACUUUGAGCCUGGUGAGAUCAUAUUUGGAAAUGGAUGCUCCAAGUUGUGUCGCUGUGCGGGCAACUACACUUUUGACUGUGUGGACAACACCUGUGACCUUGUGACAGAAGAAUGUCGGGAGGUUGGCGGAGUGCAUGGCUGUUACCCUAAAGGUACCUCCACUUGUGUUUCCUCUGGUGACCCCCAUUACACCACCUUUGAUAACCAGCGCUAUGACUUCAUGGGAAAUUGCUCUUACCUGAUGUCCGAGCCUUGUAACAGCACAGAUGUUCCUUACUUCGCUGUAUACACAGACAAUGAGAAUCGCUACAACAAUCCUCAUAUCAGUUAUGUAAAAGCGGUACAUGUCCAUGCACUGGGCGUCAAAGUGUCCAUUCUGAAAGGAGGGAUUGUGCAGGUGAAUGGUACCAAUGUGAAUGUUCCUUUUAGUCCUGUCAGUGGUGUUGACAUUUUUAAGUCCGGUGUGCACUACACAGUGGCCUUGAACUUUGGAGUAACUGUACGUUACGAUGGAAACCACUUUAUGGAUAUUAAAGUUAUAAAGGACUAUGAGGUCAAACUUUGUGGACUGUGUGGCGACUACAAUGGAGACCCUAAGGAUGACUUCCGUACCCCCACUGGUGAGCUGGUCCAAAGGCCCACUGACUUCGGCAACAGUUGGAACACAGACCCUGACUGCGAUAAAACAGUGGUAGACCCGAGCCCAGGGUGUACAGAUACGGAGCAGGACUUGUAUGAAGGGCCUGCUUACUGUGGUGUCAUACUGGACCGCAAUGGUCCAUUUGCUGCUUGCCAUCCAAAAGUCAAUCCCAAUGGUUUCUUCCAAGACUGUUUGUUUGAUGUGUGUGAGCUGGAUGGUGCUCAGUCCGCAUUGUGCGAAGCAAUAGAGGCAUAUGUCCAUAAAUGUCAGGAACGUGGCAUCACAAUUGGGCCCUGGAGAAACAGCACCUUCUGUCCUCUGACAUGCCCAGACAAUAGCCACUUUGAAUCGUGCGUCCCGAUUUGCCAGCCUUCCUGUACCCCGAUUCCACCAAAUCAGUGCUCUGGGCCUUGUUCUGAAGGGUGUCUUUGUGACCCUGGAUAUGUCCUCAGUGCUGGCAUGUGUGUGAAAGCAGAUACAUGUGGCUGCACGUACAAUGGACAGUAUUACCAGCCAGGUCAAGAGUUCUACUCUAAGGACUGUGAGCUACAGUGUAGGUGUGACCCUCCAUUCGUUACCUGCAAUGCUGCUGAGUGCCUCCCGAAUGAACAAUGUGGCGUACAGGGUGGAAUAAUUGGAUGUUACCCAGAAGCGAGUCCAUCAACUCCUAAACCAUCCACACCACAACCAACAACAACUAAGCCAACUACUCCAAGACCAACACCGCCAGUGACAUGCCCUCCAGAUUCUGAGUACAUUGAAUGUGGACCAGCCUGUAUUCCUAGCUGCAAAGAACCCUCCACCAACUGCAGUGGUUCUUGCAUCAGUGGCUGCUUCUGUAAACCAGGAUUUGUUUUCCGUGGAAAACGCUGUGUUCCUAUUGAGCAGUGUGGCUGCCUAGAUGAAGACAACAAUUACUUUGAGCCUGGUGAGAUCAUAUUUGGAAAUGGAUGCUCCAAGUUGUGUCGCUGUGCGGGCAACUACACUUUUGACUGUGUGGACAACACCUGUGACCUUGUGACAGAAGAAUGUCGGGAGGUUGGCGGAGUGCAUGGCUGUUACCCUAAAGGUACCUCCACUUGUGUUUCCUCUGGUGACCCCCAUUACACCACCUUUGAUAACCAGCGCUAUGACUUCAUGGGAAAUUGCUCUUACCUGAUGUCCGAGCCUUGUAACAGCACAGAUGUUCCUUACUUCGCUGUAUACACAGACAAUGAGAAUCGCUACAACAAUCCUCAUAUCAGUUAUGUAAAAGCGGUACAUGUCCAUGCACUGGGCGUCAAAGUGUCCAUUCUGAAAGGAGGGAUUGUGCAGGUGAAUGGUACCAAUGUGAAUGUUCCUUUUAGUCCUGUCAGUGGUGUUGACAUUUUUAAGUCCGGUGUGCACUACACAGUGGCCUUGAACUUUGGAGUAACUGUACGUUACGAUGGAAACCACUUUAUGGAUAUUAAAGUUAUAAAGGACUAUGAGGUCAAACUUUGUGGACUGUGUGGCGACUACAAUGGAGACCCUAAGGAUGACUUCCGUACCCCCACUGGUGAGCUGGUCCAAAGGCCCACUGACUUCGGCAACAGUUGGAACACAGACCCUGACUGCGAUAAAACAGUGGUAGACCCGAGCCCAGGGUGUACAGAUACGGAGCAGGACUUGUAUGAAGGGCCUGCUUACUGUGGUGUCAUACUGGACCGCAAUGGUCCAUUUGCUGCUUGCCAUCCAAAAGUCAAUCCCAAUGGUUUCUUCCAAGACUGUUUGUUUGAUGUGUGUGAGCUGGAUGGUGCUCAGUCCGCAUUGUGCGAAGCAAUAGAGGCAUAUGUCCAUAAAUGUCAGGAACGUGGCAUCACAAUUGGGCCCUGGAGAAACAGCACCUUCUGUCCUCUGACAUGCCCAGACAAUAGCCACUUUGAAUCGUGCGUCCCGAUUUGCCAGCCUUCCUGUACCCCGAUUCCACCAAAUCAGUGCUCUGGGCCUUGUUCUGAAGGGUGUCUUUGUGACCCUGGAUAUGUCCUCAGUGCUGGCAUGUGUGUGAAAGCAGAUACAUGUGGCUGCACGUACAAUGGACAGUAUUACCAGCCAGGUCAAGAGUUCUACUCUAAGGACUGUGAGCUACAGUGUAGGUGUGACCCUCCAUUCGUUACCUGCAAUGCUGCUGAGUGCCUCCCGAAUGAACAAUGUGGCGUACAGGGUGGAAUAAUUGGAUGUUACCCAGAAGCGAGUCCAUCAACUCCUAAACCAUCCACACCACAACCAACAACAACUAAGCCAACUACUCCAAGACCAACACCGCCAGUGACAUGCCCUCCAGAUUCUGAGUACAUUGAAUGUGGACCAGCCUGUAUUCCUAGCUGCAAAGAACCCUCCACCAACUGCAGUGGUUCUUGCAUCAGUGGCUGCUUCUGUAAACCAGGAUUUGUUUUCCGUGGAAAACGCUGUGUUCCUAUUGAGCAGUGUGGCUGCCUAGAUGAAGACAACAAUUACUUUGAGCCUGGUGAGAUCAUAUUUGGAAAUGGAUGCUCCAAGUUGUGUCGCUGUGCGGGCAACUACACUUUUGACUGUGUGGACAACACCUGUGACCUUGUGACAGAAGAAUGUCGGGAGGUUGGCGGAGUGCAUGGCUGUUACCCUAAAGGUACCUCCACUUGUGUUUCCUCUGGUGACCCCCAUUACACCACCUUUGAUAACCAGCGCUAUGACUUCAUGGGAAAUUGCUCUUACCUGAUGUCCGAGCCUUGUAACAGCACAGAUGUUCCUUACUUCGCUGUAUACACAGACAAUGAGAAUCGCUACAACAAUCCUCAUAUCAGUUAUGUAAAAGCGGUACAUGUCCAUGCACUGGGCGUCAAAGUGUCCAUUCUGAAAGGAGGGAUUGUGCAGGUGAAUGGUACCAAUGUGAAUGUUCCUUUUAGUCCUGUCAGUGGUGUUGACAUUUUUAAGUCCGGUGUGCACUACACAGUGGCCUUGAACUUUGGAGUAACUGUACGUUACGAUGGAAACCACUUUAUGGAUAUUAAAGUUAUAAAGGACUAUGAGGUCAAACUUUGUGGACUGUGUGGCGACUACAAUGGAGACCCUAAGGAUGACUUCCGUACCCCCACUGGUGAGCUGGUCCAAAGGCCCACUGACUUCGGCAACAGUUGGAACACAGACCCUGACUGCGAUAAAACAGUGGUAGACCCGAGCCCAGGGUGUACAGAUACGGAGCAGGACUUGUAUGAAGGGCCUGCUUACUGUGGUGUCAUACUGGACCGCAAUGGUCCAUUUGCUGCUUGCCAUCCAAAAGUCAAUCCCAAUGGUUUCUUCCAAGACUGUUUGUUUGAUGUGUGUGAGCUGGAUGGUGCUCAGUCCGCAUUGUGCGAAGCAAUAGAGGCAUAUGUCCAUAAAUGUCAGGAACGUGGCAUCACAAUUGGGCCCUGGAGAAACAGCACCUUCUGUCCUCUGACAUGCCCAGACAAUAGCCACUUUGAAUCGUGCGUCCCGAUUUGCCAGCCUUCCUGUACCCCGAUUCCACCAAAUCAGUGCUCUGGGCCUUGUUCUGAAGGGUGUCUUUGUGACCCUGGAUAUGUCCUCAGUGCUGGCAUGUGUGUGAAAGCAGAUACAUGUGGCUGCACGUACAAUGGACAGUAUUACCAGCCAGGUCAAGAGUUCUACUCUAAGGACUGUGAGCUACAGUGUAGGUGUGACCCUCCAUUCGUUACCUGCAAUGCUGCUGAGUGCCUCCCGAAUGAACAAUGUGGCGUACAGGGUGGAAUAAUUGGAUGUUACCCAGAAGCGAGUCCAUCAACUCCUAAACCAUCCACACCACAACCAACAACAACUAAGCCAACUACUCCAAGACCAACACCGCCAGUGACAUGCCCUCCAGAUUCUGAGUACAUUGAAUGUGGACCAGCCUGUAUUCCUAGCUGCAAAGAACCCUCCACCAACUGCAGUGGUUCUUGCAUCAGUGGCUGCUUCUGUAAACCAGGAUUUGUUUUCCGUGGAAAACGCUGUGUUCCUAUUGAGCAGUGUGGCUGCCUAGAUGAAGACAACAAUUACUUUGAGCCUGGUGAGAUCAUAUUUGGAAAUGGAUGCUCCAAGUUGUGUCGCUGUGCGGGCAACUACACUUUUGACUGUGUGGACAACACCUGUGACCUUGUGACAGAAGAAUGUCGGGAGGUUGGCGGAGUGCAUGGCUGUUACCCUAAAGGUACCUCCACUUGUGUUUCCUCUGGUGACCCCCAUUACACCACCUUUGAUAACCAGCGCUAUGACUUCAUGGGAAAUUGCUCUUACCUGAUGUCCGAGCCUUGUAACAGCACAGAUGUUCCUUACUUCGCUGUAUACACAGACAAUGAGAAUCGCUACAACAAUCCUCAUAUCAGUUAUGUAAAAGCGGUACAUGUCCAUGCACUGGGCGUCAAAGUGUCCAUUCUGAAAGGAGGGAUUGUGCAGGUGAAUGGUACCAAUGUGAAUGUUCCUUUUAGUCCUGUCAGUGGUGUUGACAUUUUUAAGUCCGGUGUGCACUACACAGUGGCCUUGAACUUUGGAGUAACUGUACGUUACGAUGGAAACCACUUUAUGGAUAUUAAAGUUAUAAAGGACUAUGAGGUCAAACUUUGUGGACUGUGUGGCGACUACAAUGGAGACCCUAAGGAUGACUUCCGUACCCCCACUGGUGAGCUGGUCCAAAGGCCCACUGACUUCGGCAACAGUUGGAACACAGACCCUGACUGCGAUAAAACAGUGGUAGACCCGAGCCCAGGGUGUACAGAUACGGAGCAGGACUUGUAUGAAGGGCCUGCUUACUGUGGUGUCAUACUGGACCGCAAUGGUCCAUUUGCUGCUUGCCAUCCAAAAGUCAAUCCCAAUGGUUUCUUCCAAGACUGUUUGUUUGAUGUGUGUGAGCUGGAUGGUGCUCAGUCCGCAUUGUGCGAAGCAAUAGAGGCAUAUGUCCAUAAAUGUCAGGAACGUGGCAUCACAAUUGGGCCCUGGAGAAACAGCACCUUCUGUCCUCUGACAUGCCCAGACAAUAGCCACUUUGAAUCGUGCGUCCCGAUUUGCCAGCCUUCCUGUACCCCGAUUCCACCAAAUCAGUGCUCUGGGCCUUGUUCUGAAGGGUGUCUUUGUGACCCUGGAUAUGUCCUCAGUGCUGGCAUGUGUGUGAAAGCAGAUACAUGUGGCUGCACGUACAAUGGACAGUAUUACCAGCCAGGUCAAGAGUUCUACACUAAGGACUGUGAGCUACAGUGUAGGUGUGACCCUCCAUUCGUUACCUGCAAUGCUGCUGAGUGCCUCCCGAAUGAACAAUGUGGCGUACAGGGUGGAAUAAUUGGAUGUUACCCAGAAGCGAGUCCAUCAACUCCUAAACCAUCCACACCACAACCAACAACAACUAAGCCAACUACUCCAAGACCAACACCGCCAGUGACAUGCCCUCCAGAUUCUGAGUACAUUGAAUGUGGACCAGCCUGUAUUCCUAGCUGCAAAGAACCCUCCACCAACUGCAGUGGUUCUUGCAUCAGUGGCUGCUUCUGUAAACCAGGAUUUGUUUUCCGUGGAAAACGCUGUGUUCCUAUUGAGCAGUGUGGCUGCCUAGAUGAAGACAACAAUUACUUUGAGCCUGGUGAGAUCAUAUUUGGAAAUGGAUGCUCCAAGUUGUGUCGCUGUGCGGGCAACUACACUUUUGACUGUGUGGACAACACCUGUGACCUUGUGACAGAAGAAUGUCGGGAGGUUGGCGGAGUGCAUGGCUGUUACCCUAAAGGUACCUCCACUUGUGUUUCCUCUGGUGACCCCCAUUACACCACCUUUGAUAACCAGCGCUAUGACUUCAUGGGAAAUUGCUCUUACCUGAUGUCCGAGCCUUGUAACAGCACAGAUGUUCCUUACUUCGCUGUAUACACAGACAAUGAGAAUCGCUACAACAAUCCUCAUAUCAGUUAUGUAAAAGCGGUACAUGUCCAUGCACUGGGCGUCAAAGUGUCCAUUCUGAAAGGAGGGAUUGUGCAGGUGAAUGGUACCAAUGUGAAUGUUCCUUUUAGUCCUGUCAGUGGUGUUGACAUUUUUAAGUCCGGUGUGCACUACACAGUGGCCUUGAACUUUGGAGUAACUGUACGUUACGAUGGAAACCACUUUAUGGAUAUUAAAGUUAUAAAGGACUAUGAGGUCAAACUUUGUGGACUGUGUGGCGACUACAAUGGAGACCCUAAGGAUGACUUCCGUACCCCCACUGGUGAGCUGGUCCAAAGGCCCACUGACUUCGGCAACAGUUGGAACACAGACCCUGACUGCGAUAAAACAGUGGUAGACCCGAGCCCAGGGUGUACAGAUACGGAGCAGGACUUGUAUGAAGGGCCUGCUUACUGCGGUGUCAUACUGGACCGCAAUGGUCCAUUUGCUGCUUGCCAUCCAAAAGUCAAUCCCAAUGGUUUCUUCCAAGACUGUUUGUUUGAUGUGUGUGAGCUGGAUGGUGCUCAGUCCGCAUUGUGCGAAGCAAUAGAGGCAUAUGUCCAUAAAUGUCAGGAACGUGGCAUCACAAUUGGGCCCUGGAGAAACAGCACCUUCUGUCCUCUGACAUGCCCAGACAAUAGCCACUUUGAAUCGUGCGUCCCGAUUUGCCAGCCUUCCUGUACCCCGAUUCCACCAAAUCAGUGCUCUGGGCCUUGUUCUGAAGGGUGUCUUUGUGACCCUGGAUAUGUCCUCAGUGCUGGCAUGUGUGUGAAAGCAGAUACAUGUGGCUGCACGUACAAUGGACAGUAUUACCAGCCAGGUCAAGAGUUCUACUCUAAGGACUGUGAGCUACAGUGUAGGUGUGACCCUCCAUUCGUUACCUGCAAUGCUGCUGAGUGCCUCCCGAAUGAACAAUGUGGCGUACAGGGUGGAAUAAUUGGAUGUUACCCAGAAGCGAGUCCAUCAACUCCUAAACCAUCCACACCACAACCAACAACAACUAAGCCAACUACUCCAAGACCAACACCGCCAGUGACAUGCCCUCCAGAUUCUGAGUACAUUGAAUGUGGACCAGCCUGUAUUCCUAGCUGCAAAGAACCCUCCACCAACUGCAGUGGUUCUUGCAUCAGUGGCUGCUUCUGUAAACCAGGAUUUGUUUUCCGUGGAAAACGCUGUGUUCCUAUUGAGCAGUGUGGCUGCCUAGAUGAAGACAACAAUUACUUUGAGCCUGGUGAGAUCAUAUUUGGAAAUGGAUGCUCCAAGUUGUGUCGCUGUGCGGGCAACUACACUUUUGACUGUGUGGACAACACCUGUGACCUUGUGACAGAAGAAUGUCGGGAGGUUGGCGGAGUGCAUGGCUGUUACCCUAAAGGUACCUCCACUUGUGUUUCCUCUGGUGACCCCCAUUACACCACCUUUGAUAACCAGCGCUAUGACUUCAUGGGAAAUUGCUCUUACCUGAUGUCCGAGCCUUGUAACAGCACAGAUGUUCCUUACUUCGCUGUAUACACAGACAAUGAGAAUCGCUACAACAAUCCUCAUAUCAGUUAUGUAAAAGCGGUACAUGUCCAUGCACUGGGCGUCAAAGUGUCCAUUCUGAAAGGAGGGAUUGUGCAGGUGAAUGGUACCAAUGUGAAUGUUCCUUUUAGUCCUGUCAGUGGUGUUGACAUUUUUAAGUCCGGUGUGCACUACACAGUGGCCUUGAACUUUGGAGUAACUGUACGUUACGAUGGAAACCACUUUAUGGAUAUUAAAGUUAUAAAGGACUAUGAGGUCAAACUUUGUGGACUGUGUGGCGACUACAAUGGAGACCCUAAGGAUGACUUCCGUACCCCCACUGGUGAGCUGGUCCAAAGGCCCACUGACUUCGGCAACAGUUGGAACACAGACCCUGACUGCGAUAAAACAGUGGUAGACCCGAGCCCAGGGUGUACAGAUACGGAGCAGGACUUGUAUGAAGGGCCUGCUUACUGCGGUGUCAUACUGGACCGCAAUGGUCCAUUUGCUGCUUGCCAUCCAAAAGUCAAUCCCAAUGGUUUCUUCCAAGACUGUUUGUUUGAUGUGUGUGAGCUGGAUGGUGCUCAGUCCGCAUUGUGCGAAGCAAUAGAGGCAUAUGUCCAUAAAUGUCAGGAACGUGGCAUCACAAUUGGGCCCUGGAGAAACAGCACCUUCUGUCCUCUGACAUGCCCAGACAAUAGCCACUUUGAAUCGUGCGUCCCGAUUUGCCAGCCUUCCUGUACCCCGAUUCCACCAAAUCAGUGCUCUGGGCCUUGUUCUGAAGGGUGUCUUUGUGACCCUGGAUAUGUCCUCAGUGCUGGCAUGUGUGUGAAAGCAGAUACAUGUGGCUGCACGUACAAUGGACAGUAUUACCAGCCAGGUCAAGAGUUCUACUCUAAGGACUGUGAGCUACAGUGUAGGUGUGACCCUCCAUUCGUUACCUGCAAUGCUGCUGAGUGCCUCCCGAAUGAACAAUGUGGCGUACAGGGUGGAAUAAUUGGAUGUUACCCAGAAGCGAGUCCAUCAACUCCUAAACCAUCCACACCACAACCAACAACAACUAAGCCAACUACUCCAAGACCAACACCGCCAGUGACAUGCCCUCCAGAUUCUGAGUACAUUGAAUGUGGACCAGCCUGUAUUCCUAGCUGCAAAGAACCCUCCACCAACUGCAGUGGUUCUUGCAUCAGUGGCUGCUUCUGUAAACCAGGAUUUGUUUUCCGUGGAAAACGCUGUGUUCCUAUUGAGCAGUGUGGCUGCCUAGAUGAAGACAACAAUUACUUUGAGCCUGGUGAGAUCAUAUUUGGAAAUGGAUGCUCCAAGUUGUGUCGCUGUGCGGGCAACUACACUUUUGACUGUGUGGACAACACCUGUGACCUUGUGACAGAAGAAUGUCGGGAGGUUGGCGGAGUGCAUGGCUGUUACCCUAAAGGUACCUCCACUUGUGUUUCCUCUGGUGACCCCCAUUACACCACCUUUGAUAACCAGCGCUAUGACUUCAUGGGAAAUUGCUCUUACCUGAUGUCCGAGCCUUGUAACAGCACAGAUGUUCCUUACUUCGCUGUAUACACAGACAAUGAGAAUCGCUACAACAAUCCUCAUAUCAGUUAUGUAAAAGCGGUACAUGUCCAUGCACUGGGCGUCAAAGUGUCCAUUCUGAAAGGAGGGAUUGUGCAGGUGAAUGGUACCAAUGUGAAUGUUCCUUUUAGUCCUGUCAGUGGUGUUGACAUUUUUAAGUCCGGUGUGCACUACACAGUGGCCUUGAACUUUGGAGUAACUGUACGUUACGAUGGAAACCACUUUAUGGAUAUUAAAGUUAUAAAGGACUAUGAGGUCAAACUUUGUGGACUGUGUGGCGACUACAAUGGAGACCCUAAGGAUGACUUCCGUACCCCCACUGGUGAGCUGGUCCAAAGGCCCACUGACUUCGGCAACAGUUGGAACACAGACCCUGACUGCGAUAAAACAGUGGUAGACCCGAGCCCAGGGUGUACAGAUACGGAGCAGGACUUGUAUGAAGGGCCUGCUUACUGCGGUGUCAUACUGGACCGCAAUGGUCCAUUUGCUGCUUGCCAUCCAAAAGUCAAUCCCAAUGGUUUCUUCCAAGACUGUUUGUUUGAUGUGUGUGAGCUGGAUGGUGCUCAGUCCGCAUUGUGCGAAGCAAUAGAGGCAUAUGUCCAUAAAUGUCAGGAACGUGGCAUCACAAUUGGGCCCUGGAGAAACAGCACCUUCUGUCCUCUGAAAUGCCCAGACAAUAGCCACUUUGAAUCGUGUGUCCCGAUAUGCCAGCCUUCCUGUACCCCGAUUCCUCCAAAUCAGUGCACUGGGCCUUGUUCUGAAGGGUGUCUUUGUGACCCUGGAUAUGUCCUCAGUGCUGGCAUGUGUGUGAAAGCAGAUACAUGUGGCUGCACGUACAAUGGACAGUAUUACCAGCCAGGUCAAGAGUUCUACACUAAGGACUGUGAGCUCCAGUGUAGGUGUGACCCCCCAUCCGUUACCUGUAAUGCUGCUGAGUGCCCCCCGAAUGAACAAUGUGGCAUACAGGGUGGAAUAAUUGGAUGUUACCCAGAAGGCUCUCAAGAUUGUAUUAUUUCCGGUGACCCUCAUUAUAACACCUUUGAUGGCAAAUUCUACAGCUUCAUGGGCACUUGCACCUACACUCUAGCACGCACUUGUAAAAACAACACCGGGUCUUGGUUCUCAGUAGAGGGUAAAAAUGAAGAGAGAGGAGUUUCUGGCGUUUCUUACCUGAGGAAACUGUAUGUGACAGUCAAUGAUGUCACUGUGACAAUGAUGAAAAGCAGGAGAACUUUGGUGAAUGGACAGAAGGUGUCCCUCCCCCACUCCCCAUCUCCACUCAUGUCUCUCUCCCUUGCUGGGCAGUAUGUUAUCCUCACUACUCCAUUUGGCUUGGUGGUGCAGUGGGACGGCAACCAUUAUGCCAAGAUCACUGUUCCCAGUUCCUACUAUGACCAGAUGUGUGGCCUGUGUGGGGACUAUGAUGGAAACCCCAAUAAUGACUUCACUAAGCCAGAUGGCUCCCAAGCUGAAAGCUCAGAUCAGUUUGGCAACAGCUGGCAAACUGAUGAUGAUGAGGAUGAAACAUGCAAACCUGACACCGGGCCUGGCCCACCCUGUGAUCCUGAGCUGGAGGAUGUGGUCUCUAAUCCAGAGAACUGUGGAAAAAUAACUGACACAAAUGGACCAUUUAGGGACUGUAUUAAGGUGGUGGACCCACUGCCUUUCUUCCAGAGCUGUGUGUUUGAUAUGUGCCGUUAUCAGGGGCUGCAGCAGGUGUUCUGUGACCAGCUUCAGGCUUAUACCGAUGUUUGCCUGAGUGCAGGUGCACCUGUCCAUCAGUGGAGGGAGCCAGAUUUCUGCCCUUUGUUAUGCCAACCUAAUAGCCAUUACUCUGUAUGUGUGAGCUCCUGUCCGGAGACUUGUCUGGGUAUCAACGGACUGCCAGGCUGCAGUGAGAAGUGUAUAGAAGGCUGUGAGUGUGACCCAGGCUUCGUCCUCAGUGACAACAAAUGUGUGCCUGUUAAAGACUGCGGCUGUGUGGACUCUUCAGGCUCCUACCACCCUGUGAAUGAGAGCUGGUAUCUUGAGGGCUGUAUGCACAAGUGUACAUGUGAGGGUGGAGGAAUUAUCCAGUGUUUAGAGACCAGCUGUUUGCCUACUGAGAGCUGCCAACUUCAGGAUGGAGACUAUGGCUGCAAACCACUCGAUACAGGCAUUUGUUCGGUCUCUGGUGACCCUCACUACACCUCCUUUGAUAAGAAAGUACAUCACUACAUGGGCUCCUGCUCCUACACUCUUACAAAGCCCUGUAAUGAGACCUCUGGCUUGCCAUACUUUACUGUCGAGACACAGAACGAGCAUAGAGACAAUAAUAAGAAAGUGUCUUAUGUAAGAUCUGUCAUUAUCAAUGUCCAUGGCAUGAAGGUGAAUCUGGGCAAAGGCCGAAAAGUUCAGGUAAAUGGAGUUCAGGUCACUGUGCCUGUCACACUUCCAAAUGAUGUUAAGAUCUUCCUAAGUGGCAAAUUUGUGGUGCUCGAGACAGACUUCGGAUUGCUCGUCAGAUUUGAUGGAAAUCAUCAUGCCGAUGUCACCCUACCUUCCUCCUACAGUGGCCUGUUAUGUGGACUAUGUGGAAAUUUUAAUGGUAAUUAUAAUGAUGACAACAUCAAGUCCGACGGGAACCCAACAGACAGCACCAAUGAGCUUGGAGAAAGUUGGCAGGUGCCCGAUGACAGGCCAGAUUGUAUUCAUGGAGGAGGAGACAUUGAAUGUGAUGACAAGAUCCAAAGUGAAGCUCAAAAACUUACUAGCUGUGGAAUGAUUACCGACCUCAAUGGAAUCUUCAAGCCAUGUCAUGCAGUUGUGCUUCCUGGUCCUUACUUUGAGAAUUGUGUGUUUGAUCAGUGUGGCACUGGUGGCAGUGUAGUGGCACUGUGCCAAGCUAUUGAAAGCUAUGCCGACCUGUGCGCUCAAGCUGGGGUGCCAAUUAACUGGAGGAAUAACACCUUCUGUCCUAUGAAAUGUCUGGUUGGUAGUCACUAUGAGACGUGUGGUACUGCGUGUCCAGACAGUUGUCAAGACCCUGGAUCUGAAGGCACCUGUAAUAAGCCCUGUGUUGAGGGAUGUGUGUGUGACACUGGUUUGGUGCUCAGUGGAGACAAGUGUGUACCCUUCAGUGAGUGUGGUUGCACUGACAAGGACAACUUCUACAGGCCUGUUGGAGAUAGCUGGUUUACCAAAGAUGACUGCACGGAGCGUUGCGUGUGUUCACCUUUCAAUAUUGUAACAUGUGAGGCUUGGGAGUGUGGUCCUGCUCAGGAAUGUAAAGUCAAUGAAGGUCAACUGGGCUGUGUGAACAGGGGAGUGGGCAUUUGCCACAUUGCUGGUGAUCCUCACUACUACACCUUUGAUGGCAUUAUGCACACUUACAUGGGUACCUGCACUUACACACUGGUGGCAAUAUGCAACAGCUCGAUGGUGAAACCCUUCACCAUUGUGGCUAAGAACGAAGAACGUGGUCAGCCUGAAGCUUCAUAUGUUCGUUCAGUGACCGUCUAUCUGCCCACUGCCAACAUCACACUCAGCAAGAAUGGCAGAGUAACGCUGAAUGAACGCAGGAUAAAAACCCCCUAUGAAAUCACUGAAGCCAAAGCACGGGUAUUUACCAGUGGAGCAAACAGCGUAUUGGACACCGACUUUGGCCUGAUCGUGAAGUUUGAUGGAGUGCACCAUAUUGAGAUCACAGUACCAGGAGACUAUUUCAACAAGGUGUGUGGUAUGUGCGGUAACUACAAUAGUGAUUCCUCUGAUGAUAACUUGAUGCCCAAUGGAAAACCAGCCAAAGAUGUCAUUGAGCUUGGUGAUAGCUGGAAGGCAGAGGGAGACAGUGAUCCUGGUUGCCAACCUGAUUUACGACCUGAUGUCAAUCCCAACUGUGAUGAGGAUGAGGAAGAAGCCUUCAGGUCACAGUGUGCAGAGCCUAUCCUGUCUGAUCGCUUCAAGCCCUGUCACUCACUCAUUCCUCCAGAGGCCUUCCUGGGCAACUGCAUAUAUGACAUGUGUGAAUAUGACGGCAUGCAGUCAACUCUGUGUGAUAACAUUGAGGCUUACGCCCAGGCCUGUCAGAGUGCUGGAGUCACGAUCAGCUGGAGAAACAACACCUACUGUCCUCUCCCAUGCCCUCCCAACAGUCACUACUCUGACUGCACAGUGCCAUGUCCUCCCACUUGUGCUGACCUCUUCCCCAUAUUCUGCCCAUUGCCACCCAACAGCUGUAUAGAAGGCUGCCAGUGCGAUGCAGGUUUCGUGUUAAGUGACGGCAAGUGUGUUCCCCUCUCAAGCUGCGGAUGUGUUGACAGCAAUGGAGAGUAUCAUGAUGUGGGAGAUUCAUGGAUAACGGACCGCUGUGACCAAAAGUGCAGCUGCAGCCUUGGAGGAGUGCUGUCCUGUAAGCCUUUCGAAUGUGAUGACAGCUCAAUCUGUGCUCUUGACAAGGAUGGAGACCGUUACUGCAAACCGGAGAAAUUUGAUGACUGCAAUAUUGCUGGGGAUCCUCACUAUCGCACCUUUGACAAAUACAAUCACCACUACCAAGGACUCUAUACCUAUGUGUUAACCCAAGGCAACAAUCUGCCCAGCUCCCUCACUCCUUUCAUUGUCCGUGGCAAAAAUCAACGUCAAGGAGUUCUCAGCCGCGUGUCUCUCUUGCAUGAUGUCUACGUGGAUGUGUAUGGCAUCAGUGUUCACAUUUUACAGAAGAAGAAAGUGCUGGUCAAUGGCGAGAGAAUUUCUCCACCCUACAGUCCUGUAAAAGGAGUUACUAUAAAAAUGAAGUCUCGCUUUGUUAUGCUCUCAACGGACUUUGGCCUUUCAGUGCGCUUUGAUGGCAACACCCAAGCAGUGGUGACCCUGCCCAGUGUAUACAAAUCUCGUGUGCUUGGUCUGUGUGGUAAUUAUGAUGGAAGCUCCAAUAAUGAGUACACAAAACCAGAUGGCACGAUUACCCGCAACCUCAAAGAGUUUGGAGACAGCUGGAGAGUUAAUGACAAAGAUGGGGCGGGUGUUCGCGGCGCAUCCCUACCAAAAAUGGUGCACCUGCACAAACGUGAAGUAGAGGAAGAUCCAGAUUCGGGCUUUGAGACAACAGGCUGUACUGAUGCUCAGCUGGCUGAGCUGAAUGGGAAUAAACAGUGUGGAGCUCUAAGUGACCCUGCAGGUCCUUUUGCCGCCUGCCAUGCUAAGAUUUCUCCAGACAAGUUCCAGGAGGACUGUGUGUUUGACCUGUGCGCAGAGCAGGGCAGUUUAGUUCUGCGCUGUGAAAAUUAUGCUGUCUAUGCUCGGGCUUGCCAAGAUGUGGGUGUCAAACUUGGGCAGUGGAGACAACAGAUGGAUUGUGUUCUGGAAUGUGUGGCCAACAGCACCUAUUCCACCUGUAUGACACCAUGCCCAGCAUCCUGUGCAGACCUGGCAGCUCCCUCAGAGUGUGAGCAGACUGAAUGUGUGGAGGGAUGCCAGUGCGCCCCUGGCUUUGCUCUGAGCGACAAUGACUGUGUGCCUUUCAACCAAUGUGGAUGCACUUACCUGGGUCGUUACUAUACGCUGAAGGAGACGUUUGUGACAGAUGAUUGCUCACAGAGUUGUGAAUGUACCACCACUGGUGCUGUUUGCCAACCGAAGAGCUGUGGAGAAACAGAGAUUUGCACGGUGUUUGAUACCAAACGUGACUGCUAUAAAACGAGUCCAUGUUUGAGCUCACCCUGUCUAAAUGAAGGUACCUGUGUGGAGACAUCAGAUGGUUCUGGGUAUACCUGCACUUGUGUCGAGGACUUUGAGGGCAAAAACUGUGAGAUUUUGAAAAUCCCCCCCAAAAAAGGUUUAGAUGAAACAAGUAUUAUUUUGAUUGGAGUAUUUGUGCCCCUUGGCAUCAUCCUUAUAAUCACAACAAUUGCGUGCAUUUGCAAGAAACACAGCCGCAACAGUACUGGUUAUGAUUCAAGUAAGCUUGAGCUGAAAAAAACAGAUCAGCCCUAUGAAAAUCUGGAAGAUGUUAGGAAGCAGGAGGCAGACAGUGUGCUAAAUGCUACAAAAUUCUGAAAUGCUAAUUUAAAUAUUUAUUUUAAAAAACAAAUCGUUUUUUUAUCUGCUGAAAUGAAAAUGUUUUUAUAUUUAUUGACUUCUGAAUGUGUCUUUGUGGAAUAUGUGCUGUAACUGGCAAAUCCUCAAUUUCUGUUAAUCAUUUUUAGUGUUUUUAAUCUUAUUUGCAAAAUUUGUUGUAAUUUUUGGUGUGAACUGUGCUAUGAUUGGGGGAGCAAGUGCAAUUAUCAAGUGUGUGUGUGUGUGCGUGUCCUAUGUGAAAUAAAUGAGAUUUUUUUUUCUACUGAAAGCAUUUUCUGUGCUUUUAUAAUUUAAAAAAAAUAGGCAAACAAAACAUUUUAUGCCAUGGCUUCAUUUAUUCAACUUGUUCAUAAAGGGUGCAACAAUUCAAUAACCAACAACAUUUCCAACAACUCUGCUGUUUGAAAUGUUCACAAAAGUGUUCAAUGUAAUUCAAGGCAUUUGAAAACAAAAAAGAGACAAUGCAGCAAUUCAAAGAAGAAAAAGCUUUACCAGCUUUCAUAAUGACUAAGGAUUGCCAAAAGGAUUUCCCUCCAGAAAUUCUUGGCAAUACACAAUGCUGUCCAAACGCACAAUACAAGCUCAAUACUCAAUAUAUAUUGCCUCAGACUUAUACCUGGGAACAUCCCAAGUACUAUCAUAGUUUAACAAACUUAUGAGCAACUUUUAACCUCGGUGUAUUUAUAGACUGGGAGUAAAUCCAGCGGUUGCAGCUGACAUUUCUCAUCCCUGCCAAACAGAUAUUUCACAGCCAAUUAUGCAAAAUAUGCCAGUUUGAGGAAAGAAAACGAAUGCAAAUGUUCUCAAUUAACAGUGUUGAACAGCAGCCCACAAAAAGUCUUCUGAACAUUUCUUUUUCUAAAAAAACAAUAAGUUAGAACAUUUUAAAUAAAUUGCUUGCCUUACACAAAACUGAACAUCAUUGUUCAAAUGCUGUUAAAAUGAAAUGCAGUCUUUUGAUGCCUCUAAAGCAAUGUAGUCUGAAAAAGAAACUGGCUAGGAUGCACUUAUGGAUUGUGCAAGGCAAAUGGUUUAAAUUAGACAAUUAAAAUACAUCUUUUGUUGACAUUAAAAUAUAAUACCUUCAUAUUGUUGUUCCACAACAUGGUUUUGACAUAACAUUUUGUGAUGUCAGAUGGAUCAGUCUAUUAUGUUUCCUCAGAAUAACAGACGUCUUUCCUAACAUUUCAGUCUUACAUGUAAACAUUCAAAAUCCUGUAUCUGCUGACAAGGACCUCAAAUAGAAAUUUCAAGAUUAUAUAAAACCAAAGUGCAAUAUUCCACAAAGUUUUUUUCAGUCCAAAUGAAUUUUCUGUAGUUUUAUAGCAGGAGCACAACUCAUACUCCACAAAUAUGCACAGAUAUGUAACACUUUUGCAAAGAAAUCAAUAAAAACCCAUUAAAUGGCAAGAUGGGGUGAUGUGAUAUGUCAGUUGAUUAUUGAUUACCAGUACAGCCAAAGGGGUUGUAGAUAUGCAUCUCUCUCUGAAACAUGCAUGGUCAAUGUAAAUGCAUAGAAAUCAGUAGAAAUAGAAAUCACUGUGUGGGCAGCAUCUGCUCUGACGCUAACCUGGAAUCUGUUUAGACAUCUAGUGGGAGAUGGCUAAGGUCAUUCUGGGGCAAAAGAAAGAUGAUCCUACAUCUGAUGAUCAUAUAUUCUGCAGAACACCAAAUGUGAUGCCACAUGCCUCCCAGUCAAGUUAUUAUAGUAAUGUGAUGUGUACACAGAAUAUUUCUUAGUCAUAAAAGAAGACUCAUAAAUAAAAUGGUGUCCACCAUUAAGAACUGGAAGCGACUUCAUUUGCCCGCUCUAAGGCCUCAAA